GCUACCGGAAAGCAAAUCAGGGGCACCUUCGCGUGAAACGUGUUUGUGCCUAUUUUGUGAUACAGUUUGUUGGACUUCAAAUAUUUGUAGUAUUUUACGCAUUUAAAACAAUAUAUUCGUCGAUUUUGGACUCUUCAAAGGAUGCCUGUCAUAAUAAAGCUCAAAGGAAUGCCAUGGCAGACCACGAGUCGCGAUAUUAAAUCGUUUUUUCGCGACUCCAAAAUAGCGGAACACGACAUACAUCUCGCGCCAAAUGAGGAUGGGAAAGCAUGUGGCGUUGGAUUUGCUUGCUUUUACGACGACGAGGAUGCACGAAGAGCUAUGCAAAGGAAUGGUGCUUACAUUGGAAAGCGGUAUGUGGAGUUGUUUUUGAGCAGUCAGACAGAAAUGGAGAAAGCUUUGCGAGAUGGGGUUGCAAUGAUACCGAAAUCUCCUGGUGGUCGUUUCAGUCGUGGGGGAGGGGUGGCAGACAAGAGCAGCAGCAGAUCUUCACGAGAGAGGAGCAGAAGCCCCCGGGAUCGGUCUGAUUCAAAGUAUGGCAAGGGAGUAGCACUCCAGGUCAUCUUUUCAGAGAGCCACAGUCCUGUUCGCAGCAGUCGUGGAAGUUCAUUCAGUACAUCAAGGACAAGUGCUAAUGGUCGAGAUUCAAAUGAUAGGGAGGGUGGUUUUAGGAGAGGUGGGGGACAAGGUCACACUGAUAGAGGCUCAAGGGGGUUCAGAGGUCGCGGAAGAGGAAGGGGGAGAGGUUCGUAUUCAUUCUCCACUACUCGAUCACAAGAUAAUUCCUCAAGGGAUAGUAAAAGUUUGAGAUCAAAGCAUGACUCGCCUAAUGACCGGGGAAGUUUUCGCACCAAUACUCGAGCAGAAAGUUCCACUGUUUCUAGUGGUGAAAAAGGGUUAUUUCUUAAGUUGACUGGAAUGCCAUACACUGCAAAGGAUGAAGAUAUCUUGCAGUUCUUGAAGGGUGUAAACGUUGCUGCUGUUUAUAUUAUACCCAAUAAGCAAGGAAAGCAUGUAGGAAAGUCCAGUGGCAGUGCGUUUGUUGAGUGUGCAACUCAAGACGAUUGUAUCAAAGCCCUCAAGAGACAUGGCCAGUUUUUGGGAAACCGUUAUAUCAAUGUCACCAGGUGCACCUUGGAGGAAAUUGUAUCUACUCUCAAUAUUGAUAUGAGUUUGCUUUCAAGUGCAUUUCCUGGGGAUACAAGUGCAAGAGAUAGGAGUGGACAGUCUACCUUCAACCCCAGUAGUUUCUCUUCCAACAUCUCCACCCGUGCUCCAGUCAGUGUUGAUAAUUCUGCAAGUAUGGUUGCAGCCAGUGCGAAUAUCAACUUAGCUGACAUCAAGGAUGGAUGUGUUGUUGGCAUUCGUAAUUUGCCUGUUUCUACAACAUCUGAUGAUAUUCUACGUUUGUUCAGAGGCUUCCCAGCAAUUCCAGAUUCUGUGCGAAUCCAUUACAUUGAUGCCAACAGGUGUUCUGGUGAUGCAAUGAUAACCUUGGUGAGCAAUGAGCGUGCAAAGAUUGCAAUUAGAGAGUUGAGCGGUAAGCAAAUGGGAGGCCGCAAAAUUGAAAUGUUUUUGUUAUGAAAACAUCGUGCAGUUGGGGACUAUUCAAAGUAACAUUUUCUUCCUUUACAGCAAGCCUUUGGUUGAGUUUAAUUUGCCAACCUUUUAAUGACACUAUUUCUACCUGUUUUGGAUAUGAAACUUACAGUUAUGCUAAGCCAAUUGUUUUGGACUAUACAAAGAAAUUCACAUAAAGAAAAUAGACUCAAGACAAUUCAGUGUUAAAUGUUUAGCUCUUCAUGAUAUUGUUUGCUAACCUGAAAAUGUAUUCAACGUAAGAAUAAAAAGUUUGUUCACUUCGUCCUGGCAUGCAGUGUUCUAUCAAUUUGGUGGAAAGGAAUCAUAAAAAGGUAAACAUUAUUUCUUGAAAAAGGGGUGUAUUGCUUCCAAGUAUAAUCCUAUUACAGGAUUUAAGGUCUAUGAAAGAUUGGCUUCAAGGGAAAAUUCUUGAAAUUUGUAUGGCUAGCAUUCCGUCAAGUUUUUUGUUAGUCAAAUUAACAUGGAAGUACAAAUAAUUUCAUGUCAUCUCAUGAUGAAGGGGGUUAAUGUUAGGGUUUAAGUUAUUCCUUUGCCAAGUAUAAUCCUUAUAAGUAUAUUCUUUUGCCAAAAGUAUUCAACAAAUGAGUUAUUUAAGCCAGGAAAACAUACUAAAUAGUGCAGUAUUCACAGAAAUGGUCAAGAAAAGCAUUGCAUUGAGAUUGACUUCAAAUUCAAAUCACUCUUUUUACAACCAGACUUGCAACCAUUUGUUAUAAAGCUGUUCAGCUUUGGUGAAAAUAAAGGUUUGGUUUAAGUUUAUGAAAUAGUUUAUACAUAACCAGUGGAAAGGGUUUGCUAUAAAUGCGUACAGCAUACUAUAAUAUGGCCAGUGUAAAAUCAGCCAAUUCAAGGGGUUAUUUGGAAUGAAAAAUAUGUCAAGUUAGGACAUGGUCAAACAAGUGGUUUAUAUAACCAAUGGCAAGGGGGUUAUUAGGCGCUUAAAAAGGGUUAACAUGUGCAGUGGAAAAUAGGUUGAUUUAAAAGGUUAUUCAGAAUGGAAAAAUUUGAAGUAAAGAAGUGGAAACACUGACAUAACCAAUGGAAUAGGGGUUGGUAUACUAUAAAUGCACAAUCAAGUGUAGCCAGCAAAAAGGAAGUGGUCACAAAGCCAGUAUUAAAAAUUAAUUAAAUGAAAGAUGUGAUAAAUUAAGAUGGGAGGUAAGUAUUAAUAGGAUGAAAUUUAAAUUUACUCAAAGGAAACGUCUUUGGGAAAAGUGGAUGAAGCAUCCGCGAAUUUCGAGAAAUGUUGAUUGAAACUGAAAGGAAAAAUAUGAGUGUCUGUAUUACUUAUGCCCUUCUUGUCACAUGAGUGGGUAUAAUCAACGAAGGAAAAUUUGUAUAGGAAUCCUUUAAAGAUCUAAUUGAAAUGUGAUUCUCAUUGAAAUGCAUAAAUUUAAACCCAUACUGUGAAUUGGUCACAGAAAUGGAAUGUCCAAAGCAAAAUUGCAGUCUAAUAGCUUAGACAACUAAUACCAUCAAUUAAUUAUUCAAAUUAGGCAAGCACGAAGAAUGAAAGAAUUGAUUUACUUGUUAACCAUCCAGGUGCUUGCUGUCAUAGAGCUGUGUUUAUCUUUGCCGAGCGAAUACAGUUGUGGAAGGCUUAUUCAGUAAUUGUCAUGUGAAAAUUACAUUGACAGUCAUCGCAUAUUUUGAAUUGCAUAGCUAUAUAGGCGACGUUUUAAACCGUCAUUCUACAGUUCUACAAUUUAACCGAUCAGCUGAAGGGGAAAGGGUCUUAAACCUACAAAAAGGUCGAUUUUUAACCGACAAUUGUUUUCCCUACAUUUUUGGAAUGGAAGAAUUGGGCUUUUGCCAUUAUGUCCAUGCUCUCUGUUGUUGGAAGAGACUGGCAAGCAAAUACUUAAAAUUGUUUAAUAUUUAUGUUUGUCAUAACCAGAAUGAGGAAAAAACGGUAAAGGAGUAGGAAAGUACGGUUAUCUUCCAAAGUUGUUUGAAGGUUAGGUUUUUAUCAAAGUGUAUCAUUUGUGAAUACCAUCCUAUGGUAAUCCAUACAGCCCACGACCAUGUGCAAUUAUGUCUGGUAUUAUACCAUCGCGUUGCUUUCGCAAAGUUGUUUUUCGCUUCGAUUCAUUUCAUUACGAUAUUGGAUGAUCUGGUACGUCACCCCGCAGUGCGCACAAAUGGUGUACAUGCAGUGUUAAAAAAAGUAUAUA